AUGAACCAGUGGUGGGUCUCUUGCAAUUUGUCACUGCCAAACCUUUACUUUCCUUUCAUUCAGCAUCAUUUUCUUCUUCGACAUUUCAUUUCAUUCCGAAUUUCCGUACCUCCGACUGUCUCUUCUCAAACAAAUAAUAAUAAUAAUUAUAACUCUACUACUACCACACCAUGUACGUCCUUGCAUCCAAUUUCUCUGACUGUUCCCAUUCCUUUUCUGUAUUGGUCCAAAUCGGAUUUUAACACUCGAUCAUCGAGUGAAUUUUUCGAAAAGUCAUGUCUGAUCGAAAGUGAGAUGAGAUUGACAUCGAGUUGGUCUUCUUCGAGAUGGACUUUGAACGAUUAUUUUGAAAAUCGUUUGGAUGAUCAAGUCGUGAAUUUUCACAUUGUUGAUGAAUUUACCAUGUUUCAAAUUUUUAAUGCAACAUCAUUAUGGAAUGAUCCAUCCCAUUCAAACAAACCAUUGAAUUUUCAAUUAAUUGCACAAUUGACAAGAAAGAGUGAUCUCUUUUUAAUGAGUAGGAAAGAAAAGAAUAUUACCAAUUAUUUGCAAUUGAAAGAUCGGACCAUUGCUGUGUGUGAGGAACAUGUUUCACAUUUGAAUUUUGAAUUAUCGAGAAAUGGCAUGUCAUUGACGAGAGAUGUGAAAUUGAAAAUCGUCUCUACCAUUGAUGACAUGUAUUUGAAAGUUCUUGACGAUUCUAUUGAUGCAUAUUUUGUGAAUGACAUGUACAUUUUUACAGGAGUUCGAAAAACUCCAACUUCUCUCUAUUAUCCAAGAGAAUUUAAUAUCAUUCCAACACUAUUCUCAAUUUCAAAUUAUAAUACAUCGGAAAUCAAUCCAUUGACACCAACACAUGCACAACAAGAAAUAUUUAGAUAUGGAAUUCUUGUUCGAAAUCAUCCAACCAUGGACUCGCAAAAAUUUGAAUCCAUUAUUAAGAGAUUUUUAAUUUCACAAAUUGAAAUGUAUGCAUAUUGUCGAGAAAAUCCAAGUGAAUGCUUUGAAAAAUGGGUAAUUUACGAUUACAUGAUUGAUAAUGUCAAUUCCAUGAUUUGGCCUUCUAAAAAUGGAUUUGGUGUCAUUGAUAGCUCUCAACUGGACACUUCUAUGAACAUUUUUUCGUAUGAUUUUCCAUUAUUGGCAAAUAAGAAUUCCACGUUUCGAAAAACAUUUAUUGAAAAGUUUGUGAACACUUCGUAUAUCAAUCAAAUCUAUCAAGAUGGAUGCUACAUGGUUGGAAAUUCAACUCACAAGUGUCAAUUUUCAACAACUGUUGGACUGAACGUCACUGCUCUUCAAUAUCAAUCCGUUAUUCCUCAAUUUUGUGAAGAUUUUGUCUUUCCAUAUCCUCUCUCCUGUAUAAGAGGUUAUUUAUAUUAUAGACUCUAUUGUGGUUUCAUUCCGUUUAUUAUUGGAGCAGCUGUCAAUGUUUUAUGCAUUUUAGGAAUUCCAUUUGUUUGUACCGAACUCAUUAUUCGAAAUCGAUUUAUUGCUCCCUAUGUGACUCCAAUAUGUUUUACAGGAUUUUUAAUAUUCUCGGCAAUUGUUUUUUGUCGAUUUGUGACCUUUCCAGAACAUGUAGCUUAUGGAUUGGCCAGCUUUUGUAUUUGUGUCGUCAUUGUGACACAUGCCAUGAAUAUUAUUCGAUACUUUUAUGUUCGAAAUUUAUUCAAGAUUAUGAAAAAGAGUAAGAGACAACAAGAUCAAGGACGAUUUGGAUCCUAUGCUUCGAAUAUGACUAACAAUGCGCAAUCGAACUUGGAUAUUUCAGCAAGAAAAAUUCGAAUUCACAGAAUUGUCUCCUCUCGUCCUGUUUUUGUCACCAUUUGGAUCAUGGUCGUUUGCAUUUUACCUCCUUCCUUUUUUAUAGCUCAGUAUUUUUCACCUUCCAAUUAUGUCAUUCGAAAUGGAAUUUUACUCAUUCUGUAUUUUGUAGUGACUUUAUUUAUGGUGUUGUGUUUCAUCUUUGAUGCUAUUAUUAAUCGAAAGAGAUUGAGAAAGAGAGGAUUUGUUUCGUUUUUAGUGUUUGAUGAUCCGUUAUUGUAUCGAAUGGAAUUAAUGUUGUGCUCUUUGGAAUUGAUUUCAAUACUGUGGGCUUCAUUGAGUGAUUAUUAUGUGUACAAUGUGGCUGCUUUUACAAGUCAGGCAAUUGGAUUUACCUUAAUGGGAGUCACUGGAUCCUUAACUUGGUCGUAUGGCUUCUCCAUUCUAGUGUUAUUGUACAGAAAAUGUAAAAGAACAUUGGCCAGUGCCGUGGGACGUAGACGAAGAUCCAGUGUCAUGUCGGCAAUUUCUGACACUUCAGGUGCAGGUACUUCUUCCAAUUCUGACAAACAUGAUCAUUUAGAAAGAUUGAUGAAUAAUGAUGAUUUUUAUUCACUCUUAGAGGAUUAUUGCAAGAAGGAAUUUUCUUCAGAAAAUUUAUAUCUCUACACGAAAUUACUUCAAAUCAAAAAAAGGAAAAAAUAUUCCCUUAAUGAGCUUCUCUUCAUUUAUGAAAAUUACAUCAAAAAUUAUGCACCCUACGAAGUCAAUGUUUCAUUUAACACCAAAAAAGCCAUUCGUGAAACAUUGGAAGCUCACAACGUUCUCCUCUCUCAUCAAUCCAAAGAUUUAUCACAAACGGCCAUGAAAUUUGUUCCUUCCCUCGAGGAUCCUCUUCGAUACAACACAUUCGAUGGUAAUCACAACUCACUCGAUCAAGGUACACCUACCACUCCAUAUCGAUCAUUCGACAAUGUGGACGUCGACUCAAAGACACCACCAAGCGCUUCCGUUGAAAGAAGACCUACCAUUGGAAGUGCCUACACUCCAACUCCACCCAAAUCAUUCGGUUCAGGUUUUAAGAAUAGUUUUAGAAAAUUGGGUUCUACUUCUUCCAUGUUCGAUGAAGAUAUGGAACCCAAUGCCAAUCAUUUGGUGGGCAUGGAUGAUGUCGAAUUGUCACCUUCAUCCAACCAAAACAGUGUGAGCUUUUUGGGUUUUGAAACUAUUGAGCCAUUGUUUAAUGAUGUCACACAGAAUAUUAUGGACACAUUUAGUCGAUUAUGUGAUACGACCGAGUACCAGCAAUGGGAAUCAUUGAAUAGUAUGACAACCUUUGGAAGUGACGUUCGUUUGUAA